AUGCUUAAAGGUUCCAUUUUCGACAUUUUUGAAAUUGGUAUUCUUGAUUAUGUUACUAUUGUGAGAACUAAAUUCAGUAACUUUAAGAAUAAAGAUAAGUGUGAGGCAGAUAAGAAACAAUUGCAUAAUGAGAAUGAAAACAUUGCUAACAUAGUUAGAUCAUGUAGAGAUGUUAUUUAUGUAGACAAUCCUCCGACUAAUAUUCAAAUUAUCGAUGAAGAAGAUGAAGAAACAGUUAUAACCAAUAAAAAAAUAAGAGACAGGUCAAGAAAAAUAAUUUUAGACUAUUUAGACAAAGCAUGUCAGGUGGAUUACUUCAGAUUAAAAACGUGGGAUCAGAUACGUAAACCGAUUGCCGAAUAUUUAGAAAGUAAUUGUGAAGAUGUACCACCAGAGUUAGAAAAGAAUAAAGAAGUUGAGACACUUAUUAAAAUAACCGAAUCAUUUUGUACAAUUACUUAA